GUUUCACAUCCAUAUGGAAUAACAUGAACUGUAUCAACAAAACCUAAGUGAACUUGUACUCUGUGAAACUUACGGAAUACGUAGUGAUCAAGACAGAUAGCAUACGACCAAGGAACACACAGCGGGGAUCAGCCUGGGUGAAAGUUUGUUUUUGUAAGAUACCGUGAUACACUAUCAAGCUCCACGUGGCAUGCGAAGAAACUUAUCAGCAACCGACACUAAAGUGAACACCUCUACCUCAAAAUGUGGAGAAAUUGUCUCCAGCUCCUGUCAAACUUGGGAAGUUUAGGGUUCUACCCCGGUGGCAUAAUCCUAAAUUAAACCUUCAGACUAUUCCUACCGAGUAGAUGCAUACUGAACCGUUAAGAUCCUCGCCGUCCACCGUGUCGAGAUGGCCACCGCAGAGAAGGCGAAGGAAACGAAAAAGAUCCAAACAGGGACUAACAGCACGAGUCAGGUACGAAGAACCGCCGUGGGCAAGUCAUAUUAAAGAGAAAGGUGAUGUAUUUUACGUUGAGCCGUUCAACGAACCUUCUCCGAACGACAUGUUGGACGCACUGGAACGAUUGGACGUUUCAGAGAACGAUACACAAGGAGAUAGAGAGAAAGACAAGGGCAAAUCGACGCUUCGGAGUUUAAGUUCUGUGAAGAAAAUUAUUCCUGGAUUGAAGCGAGACAGAUUUGACGACAAGAGCCCUAAUGAAAAGAACCAUAGAAAUUCAAAUGCUGUAACUCGUGGAACUGUAGAUGGUCUUUUAGAUGGUAGUAAAGUGGUUGGUAGAUUUUUCAAGAGAGAAGUCCAUCUCAUUGUUUCCCCUCCAAAAAGCCAUUCUGGGCUUAAAAAUGACCUAGAGACUCUACUUGGAAUUAUUCCUGGGAGAGAUAAAUCUGGCAAGAUGGCACAAAAUGACAGUUACUCAGGAUCUAGGCUCUAUAUCAAAGGGUUUGUUCCUGAUGGACCAGCUUUGCGAAGCGGAGAUCUUAGAAUAGGAGAUGUGCUACUGUCAUUAAACAAAUUAGAUCUUAAUUCAAGCAAUGUUCACACAAUUCUUGCUGCCAUUACUGGGCCAAUGGAGAUCACUCUUACCAUUCAAAGAGCAAUCCAACCAAAGAUAGCAUCCCCAGUCAUUCAUCAAAGUACCCCACCAAAGAGUGACAGCCAUCUUGUGAAGUUAAUCAGUGGAGAGGUACCUCUUGCAUCCAAACCAAACCUAAAGAAUAUCCCUCAUGUGGCUUUGUAUUUAACCAUUACUUCCAGUGAAGAUGAUGGUGAACCUGAUAAGGACAUACUUUACCAGUAUCCUAAGACAGAGGCAGCAACCAAGUUAGUUGGACUAAGGGGAAUGUUCUUGACUUUGAGUGAUUUAAUGUCAUCUGUGACAGGCAGUACAGCAAACAGUUCUACACUGGUGUUGGACAAGAAGCUGAUUCAUGUUGUGUAUUCUAAACUGGACAGAGAUGUGUUAGUCAUGGCUAUGCCAGCAGAAAAAAUACCUCUUAUUCAACUGCAGAAGGUUGUUGCUGAUGUUACACAAAUACUCUCUCUUACAUUUGGAUCAAUGCAAAGGGCGUUUUGUGACAAAUUCAACAAAGUCCGUGCAGAUCAUCUGUUUUCUCUUCUAUUUGACAAAGCCCUUACCAGGCCCUCUGGAGCUAAUGAAAAGGAUUGUGUAAACCGACUUACAGACCUUUUGCCAGGUGUUCAGUGGCUCAACCUACCUCUGGCCACAGAGGUUCAUGUACACUGCUGUCUAAAUGACUUAGAGGCUGCAGAUUAUGGAGAAUUUGCAGAUGAGUUUUUUCAGAUUAGAAGAUUAUAUACAAUUUUAGGCUCCAGUAUAUUUUAUAAGGGAUAUUUAGUAGCCAAUCAUUUAAAAAGAGAAGAUUUAGAAGAUAUUGUAUUAUACUGUAAAUAUCAUUGUUUACUGGCCAUGAGUGCAGAACAGAGAGUUGGUCAAUUAGUUAUCUGGCGAGAGGUUUUUCCGACGCGAAGACAAAGACCGAGACCUGAAACCAGAAAGGGAGAUGAAGAAGAAUACUAUGAACCAACUGCAAGAUAUUUUUUACUCAUCGUAGGCAUGAAACACUGGCUUAUGUGUGUUCUGCUUGAGGCGGGUGGCAUCUCAAGACGAGCGGAGGGCCAUCCUCCCCCAGACACCUAUUAUGUAGAUCAAGUGAAAAACGCGCUACAUCAGAUAGAAGCCCUGGACAUUCCCUCGGUUUGUGAAUCAAGAUUGAGAAGCGUAAGCAAUCCUCCUCUAGCCUCGGCAGAUAUGCUGCUGAUUAACCCGCCCUGUUCAUUGAAAACCUCAUCAACUGCAGGUGGCUCAGACACACCUACUGCUCAGAAGAAGCACAACAACGUGGAUAACUUAAGACUUCAAGAUGAAGUCGAGUCCUCCGACAGUGGUAGCGUUCCCUCGACACUCCGACGGAAAGGUUCGGACAGCUCCGGAAGCAUGGGCAGCUUAGGGACUAGAGGCAAACUGAGAUCAUUCCGGUCCCAGUUCUCUCUUAAUUCAGCGGGAACGUUUAGGAAGAGCUUACCAGAAAAUAUACCUGAUUUGUCGCAGAUAGUAACAGCCAAAUUAACCGGUGGCACAGAGAACACGCUGUUUCAUUACGUCAGCUGGGAUUCAUUCCAAGGUAUUGUGGUGUGUCCAAGCGAUGGAGACACGCCCUCCCCCAGUGGAGCAGUACACGCUGAGGUGGUGAACUCAUUUCACAAAACAUGUCUGUCCAUUCGUAGGUUGUUUUCGCCUUACUACAAACAGCGCUUAAAACAGGAUGGCAGCCGUACUCGAUUCAUGUCUUCUGGAAUGCAGGGAGUGGUUGAACAUGGUGCACUCUUUCACAGGACUCCAGAGAGUUCCACAGAUCAGAAGAAAGUUUCUUCUGUCCUAAAGUACUGGGUGAUAGGGCGCCUUUUUCCAGGGGAUCAUCCCAAGGAGUUGUAUGUGUGCUACCAUCAGUCUGUGCCCCAAAGUGCCGUGGAGCUGGCCUUCAAAUUGGGCUUCGGUGUAUGACCUUACGAUGUGCCUUAGAUUUCGUGCCAAAUGGAAAAAUCGUGCUUCGUAAGUGUGACGCUGUUCAGUGAUUUUCCUGGUUAAGAAUGGCGGAACAAAGUCAGGAUCAAAAGGAAGCUGUUUGAAAAAUAAAGGCUGGAAGACAAGGGAAGAAAGUGGAUUGCUGGGGAAUCGCCGAAAGAAACAAAAAAUCUUAAAUUGAUGUUAAAUGUUACGUUUUUCGAUGAGAAACUGUUUAUAUUAAUCGCUCGAAAAGUCAUAGCAGAGUUGUGGUUUUUUGUUGUUUAUUGCUUUGUUUUUGGUGUUUUUCUGUCUCACAGGUUGCAUCUAGUACUAGUUAGUGUUUCAUCUUGACUGCAAAGGAAACCGUUGACCAGGAAUACGUCCCUCGAGAAAGUUCAAUCGGUUUGAAAAUGUAGACAAAACCAAAUUACGACUUCCAAAUUAUUGUCCUGAACUGGAUAUUCAAAAUUUUGUCUAUCCGUUUGAUAUAGCUUUUUUUUUUUUUGUUCGUUCGUUUGUUUGUUUUUCUUUUGCGCUAAAUAAUACUUACCCUUACACGUCAAAAGGAUUGCCAGGAAGGCAGCAACGUGUGAGCCUACACAGUAUAAUGAUCGCGUGUAACUUCCGGCCUCGUUGUUAAGAGAGGCUAAAGGACCUGGAAACGAGAAAAGUUUGAACAGAUGCUGGACGAGUGUUCUAAAUAUUAGUAGGAAUAUUUGACGGAAAAGGAAACAGGGAAAUACAAUAUGUACCAAACAAAGUUAUUAUUCUUAUAGAAAUUAUAAAACCAAAACAAGUACAUUAUUUAAUAAAAGUUUUUACGAGUUGAAAA